GGUGAAUGAGAGAGCCGGCGGCGGCUGCAGGUGUCCAGUAUCGCCGUUCUUCUCCGCCCCUUUGGGUGUGAGUCGGGCGUAAAAUGAAGAGCCAGGAGAACCGGAUUUAGGGCCCCGUAAUGACUGAAAGCCAGACGUGGCAGAGAGAGGCUCGUUAGUAUAGCGUGUCCCCUGUGCAGUCAGCUAUGAGAAUCCUUUUUUUGGCCUGUCUCCGAGCCCAUACGGGCAAUUCCACCACAGCGGAAAGAAUCAAGGAUCAUCUUGAAGCUGUGGGGCAUGAAUGUGUGCUCAAGGAUGCUGCUUCUCUGGAGAGCGCAAUCAAAGUAUCCGAGCUGAUCUCCAAGGAGAGGUUUGAUGCAGGAUUGGCCAUUCAUCUGUACAAAGCGGGCAGAUUUCUACUGGGCAAUCAAAUCCCUUUUGGAGCCAUAUUUGGGGGAACAGAUAUCAAUGAAGAUGUAAAAAACGAAGACAAAUACAGAGUAAUGGGAGCUGUUCUAGAAGAAGCCAGGUUUGCUGUGGCAUUUACUUUCAAGAUGAAAGAAGCCGCUGUAUUUCAUUGGCCACAUGCAGUAAAUAAAAUACACAUCAGACCUCAAGGCAUUUUAACAAAGCCAAGUGCAUCUUUCAACUGUGAAGCCUUUCUGCAUAAUGCAGGAAUUAAGCAGACUCCAGGAAGUUUGAGUAUUUUUCUCUUGAUAUGCGGCCUCAGGAGAGUAAAAGAUCCGCUAUAUCUGGUUGAAGCAUUUGCAGAAUGGCACAAAAGGGAUCCUAGUGUUUGCCUGGCUAUUAUUGGACCAAUGGUUGACCCUGUUUUCACAAAGGAGGUGAAAAAAAAACUGGACAACGUAAACGGUGUUUACCUUAUUCAGGAAAUUCCUCAACAAGAUCUCCAGGCCGUCAUAAAGAGAUGUUUUGCGGUGGUGAACAGCUCUUUGUCUGAAGGGAUGUCAGCAGCUGUAUUAGAGGCGAUGGAUUUAGAAGUUCCAGUGUUGGCAAGGGAUAUACCUGGAAAUGCUGCAAUAAUAAAGCAUGGAGAUAACGGACUGCUCUUUUUCACGCCCCAGGAGUUUCUCCAGCUCUCCAAAAGACUGAUGUGUGAACCAGGUUUGAGAAGAAAAAUUGUCUCAAAUGCAAAAAAAUACAUACAGACCCACCAUUCGUGGGAACUUGAAAGGGAGAAGUAUCAAAACCUGGUUCUAUGUCUCAAAACAGAUCAAUGACUCUGAUACAGACAGAUAUUUUAUUUUUAAACGCAAUUGACGGCAUUUUGAAACAGACUUAUUUUAUCUAUAGUUUUAACAAAUGCCUCUUAACUUUUUCUUGAUGUUGUAGGAGACAUGCUGUGGCUUUCUUUUAAUUAUAUUUUAUCAGUGAUGAGGUUAAAUCAUAAAUGUGGCUUACGUGUUCACCAUAAUUAUAUUGCACAAACAAUAUUGAAGACAACACUCAUCUGUUCUGCUUACACCUACCUCCUUUGCUGCUGAUUUGCCAGCAAAUCAUAUCCUGUGAGCCUUUUUGUAGUGUCCAAGCAAUAUUGCCUCAGGUGUUUUACUAUUACACAUUGCUUUUUUUUGUUUUAUAUAGUUAGCAUUUUUAAUUGUUUUACAAUGACUUUUUUUAAACAUGUUUCUAGGUGCAAUUACAUUGAGUGAAUUGGGGUCUUGAUGUGCUCAAUUGUGGGAUUUUAUUUGCCAUGUAUGUGUACGCUUCUGUAUGCAGCCUGUCUCAACUGCCAAAAUGUUUAGACAUAUGACUUUUAUUAUACUUAAUUAGGCUGCAUACUAAAGCAAAUUAAAAUAGUGGGGUAGUAAAAAUGUUUUAUGCACAUUUAUAUUCUAUGACUAAAAAAAGUCAUGUAAAUUAAUAAAAAUUAUUUAAAGG